AUGAUAUCUACAGCAUUGCAUUUUAAGGAAGUCUUCCCUCGAUUCCAAGAUCGUGAGCCAAAUUAUAGAUAUUUUUCUGACCACGAAGAAUGGGAUAAAGUUGAAAAAAUAGCUGAAGUUCUACAAGUGAUCAAUUGUGUAACCAAUAUCAUAUUUGGAAGUGAAUAUCCUACUGCCAACCUUUAUCUUGCUGAGGUAUUUUGCAUUAAAUUAAUUUUGGAUGAAGCUGUUAAUAGUGGACCUUUUUUUAUCAAAGAAAUGGCUGCCAAAAUGAAACUGAAGUUUGAUAAAUAUUGGAGUGAAUGUAACCUUCUCAUGGCUGUUGUAACUAUUUUGGAUCCCAGAUACAAAUUGACAGGUCUUAAAAUGUGCUUUCAGCAUAUAUAUGGGCAAGAAGCUACAAGAAAUAUGACAUUGGUGCAUCAAAUUAUGACAGAAAUAUAUCAAGAGUAUGUCAUUCUAUCCAACGAGCAAGAAGGAUCAACUUCACUAAGUGCAAGUGGCGAAAAUAGUAUCAACUCUACAAUGCAAAGUUCAAACUCCUCACAAACUGGAUGGUCAAUAAUGAUAAAUUUUGUAAAAGAUGAAGAAGCAGUUCCAGCUUUAAAAUCUGAAUUAGAGACUUACUUGGAUAAACCAAAAUAUUUUUAA